CCACAUCGCAACAUCCCCCUUGCGAUUAUACCCCACACCAUGGGCAACCAGGACGACCACCACGACGCUCACGUCACUAACCUCCGCGUCCUACUGGGUUCGAUACUGUCUCCCAAACGUGCUUCUUAUACACGUUCCUCGACCUCAACGUCGGGCACCGCGAGCCCAGCUUUUCCGUCGCACCCUGGCUCCCCUGAGCUCCCUGCCUCGCGUCCGCAGACUCACCCACACGCACACGCAACCGGCGCGUCUAGCACGUCACGAGGGGCAGUGUCGACUCCACCAACACUCUCCAGGGCCGAUUCGUCAGCCUCAAUAUCCGACCAUGUCAGCAUGCCACGGCAUUACGCCAUGGCGCCCCCUCCUGCGACGAGCUCGGAUGUCGAGGGGACAGCCCACAGGCCGUCGCGAGCCGACCUCCUCGGGACGCUGCAGUCGAAGAACACGGCCUGGGACGCCCUUAUCCACGGUUCAUUUGUUUGAGUGCCUGUGAGCGAUGUGUCACAUAGAGGACGGAUGUCCAUUGGUCUGGGACUAGUGCUUGUACUCUGCGGGAUCAUGUAAAAAUACCAUACUAGUUAACUAGUCAACUCUGUAGCUUGGUUUGUUUGAAUGCGAGUGUGCUAUCGCU